GGUUUGCACCUAUAUUGCCAGCUUUCCCUCCUACUAUCAUACUCUACUCAGCGAACCGAUACAUCCGACCGAAGAACAGCAAGCCCCUGAGGCCCCUUACACGCUGCUGCCGUGCCCAACUCGAUCCUCGUACGAUCCCGUCCCCCGACUAUCACCAUGUCAACGGCUGCCCGUCGUCGUUUGAUGCGCGACUUCAAGCGUAUGCAAACUGAUCCUCCCGCUGGAGUCUCAGCAUCUCCCAUCCCCGACAACGUCAUGACCUGGAAUGCCGUCAUCAUAGGACCAGCCGAUACGCCUUUUGAAGAUGGAACGUUUCGGCUCGUCAUGCAAUUCGAAGAGCAAUACCCCAACAAGCCGCCCCAGGUCAAGUUCAUCAGCCAGAUGUUCCACCCCAACGUCUACGCCACCGGCGAGCUGUGCCUGGACAUUCUCCAAAAUCGAUGGAGUCCUACGUAUGAUGUCGCUGCUGUGCUGACCAGCAUUCAGAGUCUACUCAACGACCCCAACACCGGCUCGCCAGCGAACGUGGAAGCCUCGAACCUCUACAAGGACAACCGGAAGGAGUAUACGAAGCGCGUCCGAGAGACCGUUGAGAGGAGCUGGGAAGACUGAACAAGAGAAGAAACUCGCGUUCACUGCAUAUAUGGACAAGACAGGUGUUUAGGCGACGCAUCUAGGGCUGCCACUUCUUCCCGUCAGGAUACUGAGGCGGAAUCAGGACGCUGCCAGCGACAUCUUGGUGCUCUGUCUACGGAAAUGGGAUCCGGCCAUCUGCCGGAAUGGAUUCAUUGCAGGCGUUUUGGUGCACGAGAUUGAACUGGCUAUACCAAGGACGGGAGUCAUGAUAUUCUGCUUUUCCUUCUUUCUUCCUGCUUUGUCCUCUUCGCCCUACAGCAGCUGCGUCGAUUUUAUGGUUUCACCACCACCCUGAAGGAGGACCUGCCCGACGGGACGACAGAUACUUUUAGGUAGCGAU